CCGGCGCCGACGCGGCACAUCAUCCUCGUGCGCCACGGCCAGUACGACGAGUCGUCGAAGGACGACGAGCGGCGCGUGCUCACGGGUUUGGGCCGCGACCAGGCCGUGGCGACGGGCCACAAGCUGCGGGCCGUGCUCGACGCGUCCGGGUCCCCGGACACGGAGAUCCGCAUCCGGUCGUCGACGCUCACGCGCGCCAAGGAGACGGCCGCGCUCAUGAUGCCGCACCUGCCGGAUCGGACCGAGCACCUCGGCUGCGAUCCGAACCUGAACGAGGGCCGGCCGGCGCAGGUCAUCCCGGGCAAGGCCUACUCCAACGCCGUCGUGCGCGCCGACAACGACCGCAUCGAGGAGGCCUUCCGGUCCGUGUUCUACCGGUCCGGGCCCCGCGAGGACGGCGCGCUGCACGAGUACGAGAUCGUCGUCUGCCACGGCAACGUCAUCCGCUACUUCGCGCUGCGGGCGCUCCAGCUCCCGCCGGAGGCCUGGCUCCGGCUCUGCACCUUUAACUGCUCCGUCACCUACCUCGUCGUCCGCCCCUCGGGCUCCGUGUCCCUCCGCGCGCUCGGCGACAUCGGCCACCUCCCG